UUGAACCGGCGGAACGUGAACGCUCGGCCCAUUUUUGUGCCAGGUCUGGGACCCCUUGAGCAAACCCAUGAAGAGGCCAGCUGCGGCCAUGUCAGAGCCAAUGAAGCUCUACUACUUCCCAUUGAUGGCCAAGGGCCUAGGCCCUGCGCUGGUGGCUGAAUUCUCGGGGCUCCCCUGGGUUGGGCCAAAGGAUUUGGGCUUCACUCGAGAUGAUUGGCCCAAGCUGAAGGAGAGCGGCAAAUGUCACUUUGGGCAACUGCCUUUGCUGGAAAACGGCUCGGUUCGCGUCUCCCAGUGCCUUGCCAUUGUGAAUUACAUGGCCCGGCUUUCGGGCAUGGAAGGUGCCACACCAGAGGAGUUUGCCAUGUCGCAGUCCUUGCUGGCCGAAGGGGAGGACCUCUAUGCCGCCAUGCAGAAGUUUCAGCCCACCGUGUCGGUGAAGCUGGGGGACUUGGGCCGCGACGGCAUGACGCGCAAGGGCGACCGUGAGGCCUUCACGAAGUUCUGGGAGGAGUGGGUUCCAGAUCAGAUGCGGAAGUUGGACGCUUUGGUGAAUGGCGACCAGUUCACGUCCACGACCACCGUGGGUGAGCUCUAUUUGUGGUCUAUGCUGCACCAGAUGAAGCUGUGUCAGCCGAGCCUCUUCUCGGGCACCGACCAGUUGGCCAGCUUUUACACUCGCCUGGAGAACGACCCCAAGGUCCAACGAGUGGUGACUGGCAAGUCCUCCUUUGGGGAGCUCAAUCAGUACUUUGUGAACCCUGAGUGAGCAUCGGUGAGCUCCUUAUGCCGACACUUUUGGAGAGAGAUGAGAUCUCUUACGCACGCCAGCAGCUAGCGGCUGCUUGCUGCGUGCGGGGCCUGGCCCCCGUAGCUUGCUAAGGUCGGCUGGAUGUUCUUAUUAAGUGUCAUUCGUUCACGUUACCCCAC